GUCGGUGCGGGCGAUUCUGGUGCGGCGGAAAAUUCAGUACUUUCCUUGCGUGUGAUCCGCGAGCAUCUCUUGGCGAUAUUUCGGGUUGGGAUUUCUCCGACUUGUGGACGUUCUGCGAAAGGUUGGUGCUGAGUUCAGGGGAAUUUUCUCUGGGUUCGUUUUUCGCGAGUGACUUCCGGUUGUGCGGUUCUCCGGACGGUUCUGGAUGCGCGGGGAAUCGAUUUCUUCGUGGUACCGAGUUCCGGAAGAUAAAUUGUCUUUGGUGCAGAGAUUUUCUUUGUGAGCAUCCUUAUUUUUUUCCUAUGGAAGGAUUGUGGUUCUGAUAAGAGAGGCUAGUGCGUGCCGGACCUUCCGGAAGUCGGUGAAGAUGAUUAAUGGCCACUGGCGGGGACAGCUGCCCGAGUUCCAUCGUGAGGUCGUUAUCCUGUGUGAGUGAUCUGGGAACUGGUCGGGAAGCCCGCAACUGAAAAGAUUUUGUGGGACCGAAUUUAAUCCCACGACAAGCGUGUAGUGGGGGUAGUCUACCUUGCAGGCGAAACAACCACAGAAAAAUCCGGAAUAUUUGUACAGAAAAAGCGUACAAUUAAAUAGAACCAGCAAAAUUUAAUCCCUCGUUCGACCCUGCUCUCGCUGGAUGGCAGCGCCAUCUGUACCUCGGAACGUCGACAACGGUGGCAAGUGCAUGUCCCAGAUUCCGGGUUCUUCCGGAUUGGUCCCAACACUAGCCAGCACGAGCGGUGACAGAGUGAAGGAAGGUCGCGGGGCGUGCGGCAAAUAUUUAUAACUCUCUACCACCACGUCGGGGCAGAAGAGCGCCUUGGGGUGUGUUUUGCCUGGUGGUUGCAUACAGACCGGGCGCACGACGCCGUCGUGUAUUGCGGGUUGCCGCUCUUGCAGGCGCCCCAAAGUGGAAUAAUAAAAAAAAUAUUGCCCUUUUUUGGGGCCGUCCACCGAGUGACACAGAUUUCGUCUCGUUUAGUCGUCGUCGUCGGUGCGUGCGUGUGUCGGUGUACGUGUGACCGUAUGUGUGUAACGUACGCACACACACACACUCGAAAGGAAAUUGUGAAAGUGUGCCAAAUCCGGAGUGAAGGAAGAAUUUCGCGUAUGUGCAACCCAAAAUCACAGCCAAGAAAAAGGAUUCUGGGAAAUUGAAUUCGUUGAAUAAAAGAUCUGUACAAGUGUGUCUGUAUCUGUGUGUGAGUGUGUCUGUAACGGUGCGCCAUCAGUGCUGCAUAACUCGCAGGCGCUUUCGGUUCUGAACGGAAGAAGCGACGUUCCUCGUCGGUCCAGGAUUGCUUAAAGAGGAUUAACAUUUUAUUGAAUAGAAACAAAAGUAUCGCUCCUUUGACUGGCUGACUCUACCGGCAUCGUGUCCUCCAAAAGAGACCCGGAACAACAACAAAAAAAAUCAUCCUAAACAAUAAACCUCCAAGUUUAAAUCUCCAGACGAAUCAGUGUUUCUCUUAGAAAUUUCAUUAUCCCACGAGGAUUUCCGCGCGUUUUCCAAAGUGUACCCAAGUGAAGAAACCAAAAAUGUGUGUCAAAGUAAACGAAUCGAGCCGGUCGUCGGGACCGGCCACAGUAAUCGGCACCGGUAAAACCCGCAACAAAGCUAGCAGCAGCCACAACAGAGGCAGUGUUGCCAGCAGCAGCCGGUGCCAGCCGGCUACCACGGUUAAUUGCUUUUCACGGUUCAUUUCCCGUGCUGGUCACCGCCAGCAGAAGCAGACCAGUGCCCCUAGGAUGCCGUCGCUGGUUCGGGUGGCCACCCUGGUGGUGCUGGCCAGCUGCUGCUGCCUCUCCCGGCUGCCAACGACAGACGCGGCCAUUUCCAAUCGAGGCAGCAGCAGUAGUAAAGGUCUCUCAUCGUCACCCAACAACGGUCUGGUGCCGCGGUUCACGUCCCGGGGGCACACGUACCGGGCGGUCGUCGGGGACACGCUGGUGCUGCCCUGCGAGGUCGAAAAUCUAGGCACGCUGGUCCUGCUGUGGCGACGGGGGAGCAACGUGUUGACGGCCUCGCAGCUGAUGGUGACGCGGGACGAGCGCGUCCGGCUCGUCAACGGGUACAACCUGGAGAUUUCGGAGCUGGAGCCGCAAGACGCGGGCGACUACGUGUGCCAGAUCAGCGACAAGAUCAACAAGGACCAGGUGCACACGGUGGAGAUACUGGUGCCACCCAGUGUCCGGGCGAUUCCACCGAGUGGCCAGCUGACGGCCCGGAAGGGCGGCGCCGUAACGCUAGAGUGCAAAGCGUCCGGAAAUCCCGUUCCGUCCAUCUAUUGGACCAAAAAGCAGAGCGGUGCUGGCAAAUCGUCGGCCAAGAUCGGCGAGGGCCCGAUCCUGACGCUGGAACGGGUCGAGCGGCAGCAGGCCGGCGUGUACCAGUGCACGGCGGACAACAACGUCGGCGAGGCGGUCACCGUGGACAUGCGGCUCGACGUGCUGUACCCCCCGGACAUCAGCGUGGACAAGUCCUGGAUCCACUCGGGCGAGGGCUUCGAGGCCCAACUGGAGUGCAUCGUCCACGCCGAUCCCCAGCCGACGGUCUCGUGGUACCAGAACUCAUUUCCGAUUCAGCCGACCGACAGACGGACGAUGUCAUCGCGGGGAAACCGGCACACGCUCACCAUCCGGCACGUCCAGCAGGAGGACUUUGGCAACUACAGUUGCGUCGCGGACAACACGCUGGGGCGGUCCAAAAAGUACAUGGAGGUGUCGGGACGGCCCGGGCCGGCCGAGUUCGUGUCAACGCCGUGGAGUCGCCUGCCGGACAGCUACAACCUAACCUGGAAGGUCGAAAGCUACCCGCCGCUGCUGGAGGUGCGCCUGCUGUACCGGAAGUUGAUGAUGAACGAAACGUUCCAGCAGCCCGGUCGAUGGCAUGACGUCAUACUGACACCGUCGCCGAGGCCCCUCUCGGAACCGCUAACCCACGUGAUGGCGUUCACGUUGCGCGGGCUGCUGCCGGCUUCGGUGUACGAGGCGAUCGUCCAGGCCAAGAACCGAUACGGAUGGAAUGAGGUCAGCGACAUCUUCCAGUUCUACACCCAGCGAAUAUCGUCCGACCUGCACUCGGAGGAGAUGCAGGUGGCCAGCUCGACGUCCCGGAGUGGUGCCACCUCGCUGCACCGGCGGCCAUCCUCAGCGAUCACCGCUUGGCCCUGCCUGCUGGUCCUCACCGCAGCAGCCACCGUGCUCAGCCGAAGGCUUCUACCUAGCGGCGGUCUACAACGAAAUCUCUAAGCAAAUCUCGAUACAUAUUUAGACAGUAGUUCAACGAAGCCCCGGAACGGAGUCGGUUACGGGUUGAACCCACCACACACACGCAGUCAUACUGAGUCCCCGAAAGGGGGAAUUUCUUUACAUUUCUUAUAAACUCCCCGAUUCUCUGUACAUUCUGUCCCCGCACGUCAUCAAAGCUCUGUUCCUAACCUUGGAAGGAAGCUCACCUUUUUACUGCCCCCCCGCGAGAAGUCGCAGCGAAUCCGUUUUCCACGACAACAACAGCAACAAGAAGAAGAAAGGAACUGUCAAACUCGAAAGUCUUUAGCAAAUAAUACAUUUAGCAUAAGAGGAAAGACUACAAAGUAAAAAAGAAAACACGAAAAAUAUAUAAAAUGUAGUUCG